CAACCCAAAACCCUCGUUGGCUAAACCCUAGCGAAUCUGUCUGUCCCCUUUCUGCACAAGACCUUCUUCUUCCUCCUUCAACCCCACUUCCCGAGUUUAUCUGCGUCGACUCACCGAACUUCGAAAAUGGCGGACACAGUGCAGUACCGCCUGGAGCGCAUGGUCGAGGAGCUUGACGACCUAGAACGUAGAGGAUUGUUCACCCGACGCGAGAUAGCCGAGAUUGUCAAGCAGAGGCGGAAGUUCGAGUACAGAUUGAAGCGCCCCAGUCCUCUAAAGCAGGAUUACUUGGCCUACAUAGAUUACGAGACCCAGCUCGAUACGCUUCGCCGCCUUCGCAAGAAAUCCGUGUCCCGGGACCUCGACAAGAAGAAGGAUAGCAAGAGGGUGAAACUCUCGGUCUCCGAUUUCGCCGGAGUUUCGAGGAUAGUGGAGAUUUAUCGCCUCGCCGUGCUGAGAUACAAGGGAGAUGUCGACCUCUGGCUUCGUUAUUUGGAGUUCUGUAGGGAGCGGAGUAAUGGUAGAAUGAAGAAGGUCCUAGCUCAACUAAUUAGAUUUCAUCCGAAGGUUCCAGGAGUUUGGAUUUAUGCUGCAGCAUGGGAAUUUGACCAUAAUUUGAAUGUUGCAGCAGCUCGUGCCCUUAUGCAAAGUGGUUUGAGAGUUUGCCCAACUUCAGAGGACCUCUGGGUAGAAUAUCUCCGGAUGGAGCUCACAUAUCUCAACAAGUUGAAAGCAAGAAAGAUUGCUCUUGGAGAAGGCAAGGGAAGUCUGGUUCGUGAAGAUGGAGAUGCUGGUGGAAAAGAGUGGAGAGAUGAUAACAAAGAUUUAUUCGUGUCACUUGAUGAGGAAAGAAAAAAUGGCGAUGGAUCAAACACUGACAAUAAGGAGUCUGAGGAUAAAGUAGAUAUAUUUAAGGAGCAAGGUCUGAACAUUCUCCAGGCAGUGUAUAGUGGCGCAGUGGAAGCAUUGCCUUUAAAUUUUAGCCUUAGAGAACGGUUACUCGAGAUAUUGGAAGCCACAGACUUGGCAAAUUCAGAAGACAUGCGCGAACGGAUCCUAAGUGAUAUGAAAAGAGACUUUUCAAAAGAUCCCAAAUAUUGGGAAUGGCUUGCUAGACUCGAAUUGAGAAACUCUAAAAGUGACGAAGGAAUAAGCGAUGAUGUCACGCUUAAGCAACUACAAAAGGCAGUGAAGGUAUAUGAAGAGGCUUUAGAAGUUGUGCCUUGUUCUGUCAUGUUUGACUUGUACACAAAAUUCUUGAUGGAUAUUAUUGUCCCCAAAGAUGGAAACGUGCAGUUGUGUGAUUGUACAGAAGAUUGGAUUUCACACCUUUUGACAGCAUAUGAGAAGGCUAAGCUAGUAGGGUGCAUGUCAGAGGAUCUAGCUUGCAAAUAUGCUUCAUUACAUUUGCAAUUGGGAAGAUUUGAUGAAGCCCGAAAACUGGCAGGAGAGCUUUGCAGUGGAGAUCUUUCAAAUUCAUCCCAGUUAUGGCUCUUAAGGGCCUCCAUGGAAAUUAGACAUUUCACAAAGGAUGUUCUUUCGCAAAGUAAGGCCAGCUUGGAUUCCAUAUUUUUUCUAGUUAGAGAUGCAUUGACUAAAGUGCCACUGUCAAAGUCGGAGGAACUCUGGCUCAUGGCACUCAAGUUCUUUGCUCUUGAAAAGGAUUACUCUGAUAAGUUGGUUGAGAUGUCUAUUACUGCAGUAGCUAAAGGUGGUGGCAGUGAUUAUGGGUUCUCUCUCUCUUCUGCUGUAGUAAAUUUUAUCCUCCACAAGGAUGGGAUCCAUGAUGCUAGGAAAAUAUAUGAGAGAUUUCUUGCCCUUCCUCACCCAGACCUUUCUUUGUAUAGAAAGUGCAUUGAAUUGGAACAGAACGUUGCCUCUCUUGGUGACAAGCAAUGCCUUGUAAAUGCUCGGAAGUUGUAUGAAUCUGCACUCUCAACUUACGACCAGGACUCAAGUUUGUGGCGAGAUUACUAUUCAAUGGAAAUUAAGCUGGGAACGUCAGAGACGGCAAAUGCUGUGCAUUGGCGAGCAAGGAAGACACACAAUGCUGCGGCUUUGAUAGCUUCUCCUGACGUUGUAUUAUGAUUUACUGCAGUGCACACAUCAUGUCCCCGAAAAAAGAAUUUUGGCCAACCAACCAUUUUUGUACCCUUAUUGCUUAGUUGAGAAAUGAAAGUCGAAGCCUCAUAAGUUAAGUGAGCAAGUUUUCCGAAAUUGUACCGUUUUCUUUGCUCUCAAUCCGUGGUUCUAAAGGUUGCUAAUGUAAAGGAGAAAAGACUUAUUUUCUUUUCUCUCCUUCCACAAAUUGCACGAAUCCACCAAAUGUUGUAUAUUUGUGUGGCUGCAGUGAGAGGGUCUUAAGAAUGGUAGAAUAUCUUUAUCUGCUGAAACA